GGGAGGUGAUGUGAAUUCAUGAUGGCCCGCAGUGGUCCCGAGUCAAGUCCAGGUCUGUCUGAGUCGAGUCAAGUCCAUGUCCGUCUGAGUCAAGUCCAGGUCUGUCUGAGUCGAGUCAAGUCCAUGUCUGUCCGAGUCAUGUUGGUCCAUCCUUAAUCUAGGAUGACGAUCGCUUAUUUUAUGCAGCACGUUCGGGCUCCACAGCACCGUCGUGCCUGGCUUUCUGGCGGGCUCGUCCAUCCUGGCUCUGGGAUGGCAACCGUCGCUCUUAUGCAGCACGAACGGGCUCCACAGCACCGUCGUGCCUGGCUUUCUGGCGGGCUCGUCCAUCCUUGCUCUGGGAUGGCAACCGUCGCUCUUAUGCAGCACGAACGGGCUCCACAGCACCGUCGUGCCUGGCUUUCUGGCGGGCUCGUCCAUCCUUGCUCUGGGAUGGCAACCGUCGCUCUUAUGCAGCACGCACGGUCUCCACAACACCGUCGUGCCUGGCUCUCGAUCGGGCUCGUCCAUCCUUGAUCUGGGAUGGCGACCGCCGCUUUAUACAGCACGAGCGGCUGGCUUUUCAGCGCCGCCGUGCCUAGCGAGGGACUGCACUUGUUCAUCAUUUAUGCAUGCCUUGCGUCCAAGACUAUUCAAGCACUGAUUCAGGGAAGGACGUGAGCAAGAGUAUACUUUCUCGAGCAGAUUCACAGGCUCACUACUCAAGAAACUAGGGGACUUGUGUUGGGUAUAUUACCCCGGCCUACUACUGUUUAGAGGCCCAAUACACCGCCCCGGUACAGGGCCCAGUUAGCAAGGAUCAUUUAGGCCAACCGGCCCGUUGGGACCUACUCGGCCCAUUCCGGCCCAACAAGGCCCAUUGGCCCAUGGAGAAACCCCUUACUCCCUCCCCCAUCUAUAAAUAGGAAGGUUGACUUCCUGAUGAAAGGAUCCUUUUUUUGGUUCUCUUCUCCUGCAUUACUUCUUCUUCCUUAGAUUAGAGUAGUUAUUCAUGCUCCAUUAAUGGAGACUUCAACUUUUGUAUUAUGUAAAGGAGUGAUGGGAGCAUAUUAAUGAGAAAGAGCGG